CUAUCACUGAUUCCGUAGGUUUCUGAAAGAAAAAUGAAACAAGGAUGAAAAGGAAAGCCAGGGCUGCCAGGGUUUGGACUUCUACAAUUCCUCCGAAACCCUCCACACUCGCGAUUCCUCUCCACAAUCUGCCCUGCUCCUCUGAAAUUAGUCCCGGAUGCUCCCAAGGCAAUGCUCGGCCUGAGUGUGCCAAUGACAAUAGUCUGCAUAGCAGUCUGCCUGAAACAUCAAGUGACUACAAUGGUGAACAAGCUCACCAGUUAGCUCCUAAUUCAAGUGGUGAGACUAUUGUGGGCACAAAACAGUCAGGUGCUUCAGGCUCUUGGGACAUGUCUACUCAAGCUUGUAUGGAAAUAGAAUGGACACAGCAAAGCAAGUGUAUAAAGUGUGGUGAAGGUGGAGAGGUUUUGGUUUGUAGUGAUCGAGUCUGCCAGUUAGCUGUCCAUGAGAAGUGUAUGAACUGUUCUACUGCAUUUGAUGAUAUGGGAGAUUUCUAUUGCCCCUAUUGCUGGUAUAGGUGUGCAAUAGCAAAGUCUAAUGAAGCGAGGAAAAGAGCCAUGUCCUCAAAGAAAGCUCUAUCAACUUUCUUAGACACAAAAGCAUUAUGUGGCAACCAACAGAAGGAAAAAACUAAGAGUAGCAAUGGGAAAAAACCUCCAUCUACAAGUGAAAGAAGUUGCAAUGAGAAUGAGUAUAGGUUGGAUUAUGAUGAAGUUUACAAUCAGUCUGUACAAGCAGAGAAAGAUCAACAAGAUGGGUUUGCUCUUGAUUUUGAGCAGCAUCAGAUAGUGGCUCAACAUCAAUGGCACAUGAAGUCCUCUGUUGAUGAGGGUGAUGGCAAUUUAUAUAGUAGAGAAGAAGGGACAACAUCAGCUGACCGGUCAUUUCAGGGGUUUGUAGCAAACCAAAAAUUUGAUGGGGUGAAGCAAUUGGCAGCUGUAAAAGUAAGAGAGAUGAUACAAGAAGAGCAUUCUAGAGAAGUUGGUGACUGCCAAGAUGAGGGAGUUGCUGAAGAUCAACAGGAAGCAGAACCUUUGAAUGAUUGUCACUUGGAAGAAGAAACAACUUUAGAUGGUGAUUUUAGUGUCUUAACCAAAGGAAAGCAAGUUGAUGCAAAGAUGACUGAAGAGAAUCUUGGCAGAAGAGAGGAAGAAGAACAGAUGCAGCCACAAGCACAAGAAACUUCUGCUGCCGUACCCGGAGGAGAUCCCGCAUCACUGGUGCAUGAAAAAGCUAAUAUUGGGUUUCGAAUGAUAGAUUCAUGCAGAGAUGCUAGGACUUUGUUAACACAUCAGAGGCAUGUUGGACAAAGAGCUAAAAACAAAAUGGAGUCUCAAAAUGUUGAUUCACAAAAGAAAUCAUCUCCUGAUCUACAUAAUAUUGCAGAGAAGAAUGCUGGAGACUGGACUAAGGAAGUUAUUGUCUCUAGCAAGUCAAUACAACCUCGAGGGCCUUCUAAGCAGUUAACAAACCAAAUAUUUCCAAAUGAGAGGCGAAAGAAACUACUAUGGAAAACUGAUGAGGAAGAAAUGUUAAAGGAAGGAGUGCAGAAAUUCUCAGCUACUGGAGACAAAAAUCUUCCUUGGAGGAAAAUUUUGGAAUUUGGACGACAUGUAUUUGAUGGGACUCGAACCCCAGUGGACCUUAAGGAUAAAUGGAGGAAAAUGCUGGCCAAAGAAUCCUGAAGAGUUAACAGAGGUCUACUUUGAUUACAUAGUGUCUUAAGCACCCUGAUUAAUUUCAGCUACAAGGAAGUAACUCUGAGGCUGCCUCUGACAUACAAGCAUGAUCUUGGAGGAUAUGGAACAUCCAUCAACAUUAAUUUUUGUUGCCCUGAACAAGUUAAAUAUUCUGGUUUUCUUUAAAGUAUGUGUGUGCUGCAAUGAGUCUGAAUGAGAGGCAUACAUGAAGAAUAUGGUAGAAUUAUUUCUAAUUGGUGAAAAGUUUUACUCUGUUGGCAUAGAAGUUUUAAUGAAGAUACUUCGCCCUAGUUACUGAACAGUCUGGUCACCAUGGUCCAUGGUCAUUCAUAGUUGUUGAUUUUUGAAAGGGACUUAUGACUAAUGAAUUUGGAUCCCAUGCAGGUUGACAGCAUGUUUUGGUAGCUUUUUGACUAGCCUGCGGUUGAACUGGUUUUGGGUGUUUGGCAUUCAAGGAUGAUCAUUGAAUUUGUAGUCCUUUUCUAGCUGAAAGCAAAGUGUGGAUUCAUCUUGCAUUCUGCAUAAUGUACACAGAAGUGAACUGUCAAGACUCGGUCAGUAUAGUUUUUGCUAUGCCUUCCUUGCAUGAGCAGCCUUGAGGAUUCAUUUUGCAGUUGAAGCCCCGGUACAUGUUGGAGCAGGGCCUCUGCAAGAGUUUCACUUUCUGUUGUAUUGAACCCUAAUGAUUGGUGUGAAUAACAGUUCGUCUGAGAUUGUUUUGAUAAAUGCUAGUCAUCUGAAACGCAGAAAUGGUGUAUCUUCCAACA